AUGACGAUGCCAACCAACACCAAGUUGUUGCCGUGGUUACUGCUGCUGCUGCUCUCCGUGAUAAGCUCCGCCCCCUCACCCGACAACUCUGUUCUGUUCUUGGACACUGGCGCCCACCUGCGGAACUGCAGUUGCUCCACGUUGGUCCGGGACUGCGAUGAGGAGCUGGUGGCGUCUUCCUGCGCGUGUCGCACUGUUGUCGUGGCAGCGCCCCCUGCUGGGCUCAGACUGCCGCGGCGCCUCAGCGUCUGGGUGAAGGAGCCCGUCGUCGUCGGCGAGCUGCUCGGCAGCAGCACCAUCGCACAUCUGCGCCUGUCCUACUGCGGGAGGAUUCCGGCGAGCGGCGGGACUCUGGCGGUGCUGGGCCUGCAGACGCUGACCGUCCGCGCCGCAGCGCCGGGCGCCGUCCUGCCCGAGCAGACCGUGACGCUCUCUCAACCAGCAGGUGUCGCCACGGAGCUGGAGGACUGGGGCGUGGCCUCGACCGUCAGUCACAUGACCGCGGUGGAUCUGACGGUGCUGAACGGACGUUCGGCUCUGAAGUCCUUCAGCGUCCUGGGAGCGUCCGCCGCCACCCUCCGCCAGCACUUCCCUGACUUGGCCCCGCCCCCGGCCUGCUGCCACUCCCACCCGCUGCUCAUCACUUUUGUUUAUUGA